AUGAGGCGUUACGAUUACAUGAUGAUAGUACUAACGGAUAUAAAUAGUCUUUCUCUUUUAGGAAUCCAUGGCAUCCUAUGUUUGAAAGAAACAGACCUAAAGCGGAAUCUGCUGGCCUCUGGGAUGUAUGACAGGACAGUUCGACCGCGCCUUAACGCCACCGAAACAGUGCACGUACAGAUUGGACUGGUCAACAUACAUAUCAUCGGAUUAAAUGAAAAAGAAAGUUCCUUCUCUCAAGCAAUUACAAUGCAUGUCAGCUGGAAGGAUGAGUUUUUGACUUGGAACUCCAGUCCAUACGAAGAUUUGGAAAGUUUAGUUGUCGACCCGUCCAGUAUAUGGACCCCGGAUAUUAACAUUUUUGGGAGAAUUGAAAGUAAUAAAGAAUUAGAUUUGAGUAGGGCACGUGUCCAAUCAACAGGCGUGGUCAGUACGACGUUUUCGGGAGUUUUGACCACUCAUUGCAGCAUGGACUCCGCCUACUUUCCUUUUGAUUAUCAACUUUGUGACUUCAAAAUAGGAUCACAGGUCUACACAAAGUCCGAAGUCGCCAUAGAAAUCAUCUCCGUAGAAAUGGCAGAAGAUUAUGACAGGAAUCCUAAUUGGCUUAUGGAAUACAGCCAAAUCAACAAUACAUGCCAGGAAGUCUACUUUUGUCUCCAGCGGAGGUCGCUGUAUUUAACCAUCCUGUACAUGGUCCCGGCUCUCAUGCACUCAGUCUUAAUACUUGUCUCAUAUGUGAUUCCAAGUGAAGCCGGCGAAAAAAUUUCCUUCGGAAUGUCUCUUUUUCUUUCCUUUAUGGUUUUCCUGUUGCAGUUAAAUGGUGACCUACCUGAAGUAUCUGCCUAUGUUCCUGCAUUAGAGGUGGUCAUAAUGCUUCACAUGCUGAGCGGAGUCGUAUCUGUAUUCAUCUCCUCCGUCACGGCUUACCUCAUACAAAAUCCUAGCCAAUCACAAGUCACCGUGACCGAGGUCAACGACUUAUCCUUGGACGCCGAACGAAAGGAUGAAAAAUCUAAAAAGAAACAGAUAAAAUGCAUUUGUGCAGGUCUUAGAUCUGUGAAAUACCUCAACCGCAUUGGAUUUGUCGUAUCCCUUAUUCUUAUUCUGAUGGCAAAUUUAGUGAUGAUUACCGCUCGAUUAGUUUCCACAGGUUGUGCCAAACCAUUAUAG